GCCAGCAUCACCCCAUGCCGCUCAAGAUCUGUACAUCACCUGGCAAACCCCUUACGGCAAGGCUGGGAGGGGAUGAUGCUCUGCAAAGCCCUUUUGGCUGCCCCGUGCCCCAACGCCUGGCGCCUUGCUGGGGCGAAACGUCCCCGUCCCUGGGGCAGCCGUGACUCAUCGGGAGGCGGGCGAGAGCAUCUCACCUUGAGCGAGGCCGGCUGGGGGAUAAGAGCGAGGCCACCCUCGCCUCCUUCUCCCGCCACCCGCUUCCAUGCUCACCCGGGUUGCACCCAAGCCGGGCGUCUUGCGGGGAUGUCUCCCUGCCCGAGCCGGGGGAUGCCGCCGGGCUGGGGGGGCUCCCACCCCCAUCCCGCCAACUCCUCGACCCUUCAACCAGCUGCCUGGUGACUGGCGAGCCGGCUGGCUCAACCUCUACCGCUUCUGGCAGGAGGGCGGCUUGCACAACGUCCAUCACAUCAUGGCUCGCAAGUUCCAGCAGUUCGGACCCAUCUACAGGGAGAAGCUGGGUGUCUACGAGAGCGUGAACAUCAUCAGCCCCCAGGACGCUGCCACCCUCUUCCAAGCGGAGGGGACUCUGCCGGAGCGCUUCAGCGUGCCCCCCUGGGUGGCUUACCGUGACUACCGCAACAAGCCCUAUGGCGUGCUCCUCAAGACUGGGGAGGCCUGGCGCUCGGACCGCCUGAUGCUGAACAAGGAGGUGCUGUCGCCGCAGGUGGUGGAAGGUUUCGUGCCUCUGCUGAGCGAGGUGGGCGAGGACUUUGUUCGGCGGGCACGAGCCCAGGUGGGGAAGAGCGGCCGGGACCGCUGGACGGCCGAUUUCACCCACGAGCUCUUCCGCUUCGCCUUGGAGUCCGUAUGCCACGUGCUGUACGGGGAGCGGCUGGGGCUGCUGCAGGACUUUGUGGACCCCGAGGCGCAGCGCUUCAUUGACGCCGUGAGCCUGAUGUUCCACACCACCUCGCCCAUGCUCUACCUGCCACCCACCCUUCUCCGCCACCUCAACGUCAAGACGUGGCGGGACCACGUCCAGGCCUGGGAUGCCAUCUUCUCCCAGGCGGACAAAUGCAUACAAAACGUCUACCGGGACCUGCGACUGCAACGCAAGAGUGCCAAGGAGUACAUGGGCAUCCUCUGCAGCCUCAUCCUGCAGGACAAGCUGCCCUUGGAUGACAUCAAGGCCAGCGUCACCGAGAUGAUGGCGGGUGGGGUGGACACGACCUCCAUGACGCUGCAGUGGGCCAUGUUCGAGCUGGCACGGUCCCCGAGGGUCCAGGAGCAGCUACGGGCAGAGGUCUUGGCUGCCAAGCGGGAAGCAGCAGGGGACAGGGUGAAGAUGCUGAAAACCAUCCGGCUGCUCAAAGCCACCAUCAAGGAGACGCUCAGGCUGCACCCCGUGGCAGUGACCCUGCAGAGGUACACCACGCAAGAAGUCAUCCUCCAGGACUACCGCAUCCCCCCCAAGACGCUGGUGCAGGUUGGUCUCUACGCCAUGGGCCGGGAUCCUGAGGUCUUCCCCAAGCCGGAGCAGUUCAGCCCCCAGCGCUGGCUGGCAGCUGGCCCCAAGCAUUUCAAGGGGCUGGGUUUUGGUUUCGGACCCCGCCAGUGCCUGGGGCGCCGGAUUGCCGAGCUGGAGAUGCAGCUCUUCCUCAUGCAGAUCCUGGAGAACUUCAAGAUCGAAACCAUGAGAGCGGUGGAAGUUGGGACCAAGUUCGAUCUCAUCCUGAUCCCGGACAAACCCAUCUACUUGACCUUACGGCCGCUCGAGUCCCAGGCGUGAGGAGCCCAAUCCUGGGUGACACCCAGCCAGUCCCAGUUUGGGACCCAUCCCUGACAGCCCGGCAGCGCUUUCAGCUCCUUACAGCCAGUCUCCGGCCCAGGGAUGUGAUUCGGGGGACGGCUGGGACGCUUUCACGGCCACAGCCUUGGCUUGGCGCAUCCCUGCCUUCGCUCCAGCCCGCUCAAGGCUGCGCUUACGCCACAGGGGAGAUAAACCGAAGCAAACCCCCA